AUCUAAGGGGCUCUCCUUUGUUUAUCAGCUACUACAGCUAGGUUUUCUGAGUAUAAAAAGGCUGAAUGAAGUGCUUGAGACUCAGUUCAGUCUAUAGAGAAGGAUGGGAGUGAAAGGACUAUUGAAGUACAUUAGAAGUUACUCAACCGGCGUAAAACCAGAGCCACUCGUCCUCUCUACUGAAACGAAACGCAAAAGCAGAGAUCCAACAGCAGCUAAGGCAAUUCUUGUGUGUGACUUCAUAGCAAUAGUGUUCUGGCUAUUGGACAUAGUACACGAUGCAAAGAAGUCCUCGGAGAGAUAUAUUGCACUGUAUGGUGCUGAUUUCAAGGAAUACACCUCAAGGCUCAUCAGAUUUGUGGAAAUGCUGCGUCACAUUGACAUAGAACCUGUGUUCUUUUGGGAUGGUCCAAGAGGAUCGGGUAAUGCAUAUAGGAUGAAGUUAUCUACUUGGGAGAAGAGGACAAAGGAUUCAUUGGAAGUCAUACUUUCUCAUUCACUCAUAACUAAGUACGAUGCAAAGACUGAAGUUAAAUUUGGAAAAAGAAUCAAGCAACCACUCGUCGUUACUGAGCUCGUGAUGGCACUCCAAGAAGCAAAAGUUGAAUUAAUUACGUGCAAAGGAGAGGCUGAUAAUUUGAUGGCGGAAUACAUGCGUGUACAUGGUAACGUCUGUGGCAUACUGACCAAUGAUACGGACAUGAUGCUGAUGAACGGAGUAACUGCAAUCCACCACAAUUUCUUUGAUCAAGAAGAUGCUCUCAAGCUUUCUGAUGAUCAUAUACCAGCAAACUACAAGAUUUCUGAAGUGCAUUGUGGUGCUAUUAGUCCAGGAUACCUUGCAAGAUGUCUUAAAAUCAAUGAAAAGUGUCUGCCAGCUCUCUCUAUCCUCUGUGGUAAUGAUUUUACCAAAGAUUUAAAUGAAGAAAUGGAUAUAAAGAAUUCAGUAUUUGGAUACAUAAACUAUGACUAUGUCAAGACUUAUGAGUAUAUCAAAACUGUUCUGAAAUGGAUCAAGGACAAUGAAGACGCUUGCAUGGACCCAGUCUCAUUUUUAGCUCUACGUGAGAUUGCUGAUGUAUGUAAGAAGAAACCACGCUAUGCUGCAGCUGUACAUUACUCAUAUGCCUUUUAUACACGCUCUCAUCCUGCUGCAGUUAUGCCAUCAACAUCCUCCAAUUCAGUUAGCAGGGAUAGUGAUGAUGAGAGUGAAGAGAGUGCAGAAGAAGAGUAUGAUGAUACUACUGCAAUACCUUAUACCACUACAGACAGCAUUCCCAAAACAGCUAGCAGUUCGGACAGCCUUGAUGAUGAAACAGAGGGGGCUUCUCUGCCUGAUUCAUUCUUUCCUCAAUCUGAUAGUGAUUCUACUGUUGGUUCUGAUGAUAGUGACAAUGCCGUUUCUCCUCUUUAUGAUUUUGUUGUUUUUGAAGUAAGCAGUCUUAGACUGGAUCGAAAGUGUUUGCCAGUUGUGAAGAAUGGUAUACUGUGGAGGGAUGAGAUUGAACAGCUCGAUGAUGAAUUGCCUUGCAUUUAUGAUGUUCUUCAACCAGUUCGUAUGAUUAUUUACAAGCUACUUUGCUGUGAAAGUGUUACCGAGUUUGGCCAAAGUAAGAUAAAUGAGUAUGCACAAAAACAAAUAAAGGUAAACCCAUGUAUGCCAGAAGACAUUGACACACUCAUUGAGGAAUUGUCCCGUGAGCAAAAGAUAUCAUUGCUUGUUGAAGUUUUCAAGGAGCCUUAUCACAUUGUUUUGCUUAAAUCGUUUACAAAGUCUUUCAAAGAUAUACCUCCAACUAGUCGAGUUCCUGAUAUUGGCUCACUGCUGGCAUGUGUUUGCUUCAUAUAUUCAUAUCAAAACAAGCUCAUACCAGAGGAUUAUGUCACACCAAUACUUCAGGCAUUCUUCUAUUGCUCCAUAGAGAAGCUACCUCCUCGUAUAUCAGCUCGUCCUGGUCCAAAAGGUGUAACGAUGUCCUCUCAUUUGAUGAUCACUCUUACUCAUGCUCGAUGGUUCUUAUCAUUAUUGGGCAUCCAUCAAGAACUUCCUUUGCCUUCAUCUGUGUUUCAACCAUAUGUCUACAUACCUUUACAUGGAACAGCUUUCAAAUUGAAGGAGAAACAAAAAUUUCAUGGUGAUGAUGCACCAGCAAAGGAAUAUUAUGAGCUUCUUUCCAAAAACAAAGUUUUCCAGGAUUUCAAGAGGUGCAUUUGCUCUGGCAGUGCCAUUGAUAAUAUUGGAGCUGUGUGUGUCCAGUAUGCAUGCACUAAAGAUGCCAUUAAGGAACUGUUAGACAAAAAAGCUCAAUCCAGGAAAACAAGCAAAUCAAGAAAGAAAUAACUAUUAUAACUACCGUGUUGUCCUAUAUAAAUUGUAAAUGUAUAUUAGAGUUAAAUCAUUAUUAUAAAUUUCAAUAUGAAUGGACCGAAUAUUUGCAGGCAUCCUCAUGUGCAUUAAUUAUUUUUAUGUAGUUUUAUUAUUUUCCAUUAUGAAGAUUGUGCAAUAAAAUUGCCAAGUUUUUGACACAACACUAUAA